CAGAGGGCUUUUUCAAAACCUGGACUAAACCCAAGCAGAGCAGCACGGAGCCGCACGGGGGUCCCUCACAGUCUGACUCGGGGAUGUGGGAGAACAUCUGAAAUCAGCUUCUUCUUCUUUUUAUAACAGGAUGGAUGUGGUUUUGACGCGCUGCGCGGAUCUACUGAAGUCCUCACCUCUCAGUCAGCUGGAUCAGGUUUUAGAUAAAUGUGAGGGGAUUUACUGCUAUUAAAGACUCUGCUGGUUUGGAUGGACAGGUCAGGAGAGCUGGAUUUAUUUACCGCAUCCUUGUGGGAUUUAUCUGCCUCAAGAUUCCUGAUCGGAUGAACUAAAAGGGAGGAUGUAUGGAAUAAACCAGCGCUGUAUUUACAUAUCGUUUCAUUUUUUCGUGCUGUGGUGCCAUGCUCAGGGGGAGAAUCACCCGUCUCCUAAUUUUAAGCAGUAUGUGAGGACGCAGGGCGCAGUGACGGACCAGCUGAGCCGCAGACAGGUCCGGGUGUACCAGCUCUACAGCCGCACCAGCGGGAAACACGUCCAGAUUCAGGGCAAAAGGGUCACCGCCACAGCUGAGGAUGGAAACCUGUACGCUCGUCUGUUCGUGGAGACGGACACGUUUGGCAGCCGAGUGAGGAUAAGAGGUGCAGAGAGCGGGCGCUACCUCUGCAUGAACCGGAAGGGGAAACUUGUGGGAAAGCCCAACGGCCGGAGCAGGGACUGCAUCUUCACAGAGAAAGUGCUGGAAAACAAUUACACAGCCUUCCAGAAUGCCAAGUAUGAGGGCUGGUAUGUGGCGUUCACCAGGAAAGGGAGGCCCAUCAAAGCCUCGAGGACGAGGGAGAACCAGAGAGAGGUCCACUUCAUCAAGAGGCUGCACACGGGCCCGCCUCCCUUCCCCAACACGGACCAAAGCAAACACUUUGAGUUCAUCCGAUUUCCGUCCACACGUCGCGCGAAGCGGAACAGGAAAUCACGUACCUCUUCCUAACACGCAGAGACAGCAAAGGACUGAUGACAGAACUGUGAUAUAUGGAAGAAACAGAUGCAGUUUUAUUUUUGUAUAUUUUUGAUAGGUAUAAUGUGGUUAAAAAGCCAUAAAUCUAAAGUAAUAUUGCUGUAAAAUGAUCACGUGUAAAUACUGAAAGAGAGUAAAGAAGAUGGGUUAUAUUUAAUCCUCCUUUGUGUGUGUGUGCAUGUGUGUAUGUGUUUGUGUUGACUGGUGGGAGGCUGGGAUGAGGGGCGUCAGUCACAAACUGCUGCAUAACAAAGGCCAAACUGCAUCAGAUUUAAAUCACAAGGCUGUGACAAAUACUUUCCCCAGGCUAAAAAAUCAUGCUGUCUUAAAGGCAGGGUUGGUAAUUUCCUCCAGAUCCAUUUUUUAAGAUUUUGGUUGAAAUUGUCUUUAGGUCCUGACAGAAAUUAAUAACUCAUGUGCUCUGAAAAAGGAACAAAGAAUAUCUGUCAUCUGUAUCAGUUGUAAGCCUGUAAAAACUUUGACCAAUGUCUGCCACGAGGUACCAAUCUGAUGAACCAAUCAUGAACCUCCCUGUCUCCCUGCUCGUUCUCUACCCCAUGCGUUCACUAGCCAAUACUCAAAGUGUGUCACUGAUGACAGAGUUUAUACUGGGAGUUUACUGACUGCUGAAUGAGACAACAUAGUUUCUACACAAAGCGAGCG